AAAUCUUUUUCAGUUUGGCUAAUAAAUAACAGUAUAACAGUACUAAGGUCAAAAUACCUAAAAAUAUAUUAACAGUAUUGGUCGGAACAGUCUGAAGUUUUCGGUAUUUUGACCCUAGCACCAUUAUUUAUCGAUCAAAUUUGUAAAAUUUUUUUACCAAAAUGAUCAGUGUGGAAAGCUCUACACAGUUCAAUAGACAAAAGCAUUUUCUGAGAACUUUUUUUUUUUUGGUUAACUACCGGUGAAAGGGCCAGUUAUACGACUAAAACUUUAAACUUUUCAUAUUUCUAUAGUUCAUCCUUCUCUUAUGAAUGACCAGUCAUACUCCUAAAUUCCGUUUUUGACGUGCUUUCAUUUGGUAUAAAAUUCAUUUGAUAUCUCUUGAAAUAUGAGCUGAAAUAAUAUUAUUUCCUACCCUGUAAGAUCUGUGAACAGAGUAUAUUAUACAAAUAUCGCUUUUGGUUCCUACAAGGAUUUCCUUUUAAUAAACCCAACCAUAAGUCAGAAAAAAAAUUUAAACAUACAUCUGGAACAACAAAUUAUCCUAAAACAGGUUCAUAAUAUUCUCACAUGCAUAUCUCUCUUAUUUCUUGAGCUGUCACCCUCAUUUUUGCACCAUAAGAACAGUUUCAAAUGCAGCUGCGAUCAUUGUCAGUUUCAACCGAACAUCGUUUUCAUUUAUCAAUAAUUAGGAUUGAUUUUUAUCGUUUUAAUUUGCUGUCGCGAUGAGUAUUUUGAACAAAUAAUAUUUUUAUUUGUCAAAGUAUCCGCUAGUAUUUUUUCUACGAACCAACAAUAAAUGAUUUCCUUCUUUUUAAAUACCGUAUCGAACAACAACAGCCUUUUUUCGACAGUUCUCUUCUGCGAUCUAUUCCCAGUACAGAUCGGUCGUAUAAUAUGGAAAAAAAGAUUGAAAAGGAGGUCUCAAGAAAAGCAUUAGUUGUGUAAUUAUCACUGUGACCGAAUAAAUGAAAAGGAAAAACAUUGAAAAUAUUCAACAGAGGACAAUUCCAAACUUCUUAGCAAUGCAUUUAUGUGUUUUUUGUCCAGGUCAGCGUUCUUGAUAAUACAGUUGAACUACCAGACAGAAAACAAUUAGAAUCAGAAUUGUCAGAUGGAUUCGUUACACUGUCUCCAACAUCAACAAAUGCACUCGAUAGAACCGUGGAAGUCAAGAAUGAAACACAUUCGCCUAGUCAUGAACGAUUAUCAUCAAAAGUUUCAUUCGAGUGUCCUCCGAUACAAGAUUCAUCAGACUCUACAAAUGAUUUGAUCAACGGUUUCUCAAGUAUUAAAUUACAUUCUAAAUCUGUUGAAAAAACAUCGUCGUUGGCAGAUAUCAAACCAACAUUCGAUACUCACACAUUUGUAUUAAAGAAGAAAGAGCGACGUAAAGUGAACAAUGAAAAUAGUUUAAAUUUGGGUGCUGAUGAUUCAAUGAGUGAAUUGCCUGAUUUAUUUAGUAAAGGAUCGCCAUUAAUUCCACAUGCUAUGUCAAUUGAACAGCCACCGCCAGUUAUUGACGAUGCUCAACGAAAAGAAGUCGUGUGA